AUUCCACGAACACACCUUUGCAUUUGACAACUCUCAGAUUGGGUUUGUUUGUCCCGAGGCAAUGUCAAGCUCUAGAAUCAAGGCCAACCCUCAGGCUGCAUCAAUGUAUUUGAAAGUAGUUUUCAAUGCUGAAAUUGAAAAGGAGAAGAAGGGUGAUCCUAACAUUACCAAGUGGUUUUUGAUCCCAUACCAUCAAGAAAAUCAUUGGAUUUUGUACGUGUUAGACCUACGUAGAGGUUGUGCGUAUAUUUUCGACUCUGCGAUAGGUUCCAACCGAGAAAAUAGUGCAUGGGGAAUCUUGUGUUUGGCAUACCAAGUGUACAAGUUUAAUGAUGGGAUUUGUCCGAAUAGAGCGACUAUGCAGGGGUUGAAAGGCUUCCAUGUAAAGUGUGCUCAACAAGUCGGCGCCCACGAGUGUGGCUAUUACGUUAUGAAGUUCAUGCAUGAAAUAGUCACGUUACACCAUAACACUGAUGAGCGGUUAGACAAUGCUUACACUCCAAGAAAUGCGCCUUAUACCGAUGAGGAAAUAGAUGUGGUUCGUGAGCAAUGGGCUAAGUUUUUUACAACCGAGUAUUUAUUUACUUAGGUUGUUUAGACACAAAGAUGGAAGCGUUUAUAUCUUCAUGGAUUUGGCUAGGGAUCGAGUCGAUUGGAAGAAAGUCAACACGACCUUACUUAAGGUUUGUAAUGCAUGAUCUAAAGGGACCUAAGUGGCUGGAUUAGAGACAUUUGUUAGAUUAGCUCUCUAGCCUUUUGUCUUUAGUUGUUAAUAUUAGUUGUAAUUUGUUAGACUAGCUAGGUGUUUAAAAAUUGUAAACAUACGUACUAUAUAUACGCUUUGCUCUGUUGGGUUAAUAUAAAUGAAGUUAAUGUAAUGAUUUAUUUAUCAAAGAUAAGCAGAUUCAUACCUUUGCUAUUUUGGUGUUGAUUGGGUACAGGUUUCAAUACUCAAUGGAGUAUAUAUCUAGUUGUGGUUAUUGCCGCCUAUUUUAUAUUUUAAAAGAAUUUGGAAAAAAAAAAAUUAAUGUUGUUGAAGGGGGC